GCGGGGGCAGGAAGAGUCACCUUGCCUGGUUCCUUCUCCCUCCCCAGGGCAGCACCCCCGGCUCCAUCUGGGAGGGGGCAGAAAUUAGUGGGCGCUGGCCUGGGCCGCCCGGGACCCAGGAGCGGGGCAGCGGCCAUGGCUGACGGCGGCGGCGGCGGCGGCGGCGGCUCCUCGGGUCCCUGGUGGAAAUCCUUCACCAUCGGCGGCAGGAAGAAAGGCAAGGACGGCGGUGGGGGCGGGAGCGCGGGGGCGCAGCCUCCCCCCGCCCCGGCGCCGCAGCCGGGCCCCAGGGAGCCCUCUCCGGCCAGGCAGGACUGCCAGCACCCCGGCCUCCCGGGCCCGGGCGAGCCCCCCAGGCUCGAGCGCUUGGGCGAGGAGAACCUGGGCAGCAGCCGGCGCAACCUGAAGAUUUCCCGCUCCGGGAGGUUCAAAGAGAAGAGGAAGGUGAGAGCUACUUUGCUCCCGGACGGGACCAAGCCCCCGGACGACUCGGGCUUCCCCUGCGCCCCUCGAGAAGAGCGGCAGUAACGGGGCGCCGGCCUCCCGAUCGCGGGGAGCCCCGAGGGGCGGCGGAGCCGGAGCCCCUCCCCCACCCGAACUUCGUGCCCACAUUCUGCCCCGGGCGCUGGAAGGGACCGCGCGGUUCUCCGCUCUCGGGAGUCAAUGAAGCGUCGACUUGGAAGGGGAACCACCUGCUGCCGGGCGAUUAUUUAAUAGAACGAUUUUUCAAAACUCGUCGGUUCCUUCCUCCCUCCCACUCCCCCCUUUUUAUUUCUGUUUUGGGAGGGAGAAGAGCGCGUCUCCAGCUUGGCUCCAUCAAAGAAGAGCUUCCGUUGUGAUUCUGGGAAGAAAGUGCCGGGACGGUAUUCCCGCACGGGAAAGGCUCUUUAAAAGUGUCGGUAGCAGCCCACGGGGGGACCCGCGGGCCGAGAAGCUAGCCUCGCCAGGUUUUUAAGCGGUGCGGGGUAGUGGAAAGCGCCGAGUCCGGAGUCAGCUCUUGGCCUCGCGUCUGCGGUCAGCCCUGCGUGGGACCUGGGCCAAGGCGAGAGCCUGGGGGGCCUUUCCUGGCCUUAGAGAGAGUGGGUCGGACCAGUGACCCCCGAGAGCCUUCAGUUGUCAGUCUGGGAUUUGGGCGGUCUGGCCGUCUUUCCACCCUGCAGCACCAAACCCGAAUGCCUUUUGGCGUGGACCAUUAAACGUGGCCGGCCGUGUCACUUUAAGGUGA